UUAUUAAUAUUCAUAAGUUAGCCAACGCGACUCUAAUGAGAUCUGAAACAACAACAAGCCGAGCAGCCAAUCAAAAAGGGGCGCUAGUCACAGUCGCUCUACCCCAGAGAGGAGUACACAGAGCUGAUGCAAACAUGCCUGAAGUUCCCUACAGAGAACCCGAGUACUCAGAAAAUACUCCCAAGAAAAGAAAGCGAGAGGACGUCGACGAUUUUUCUGAGAAAAAGAAAUCGCGCUGGGGUAUUUUGAUUAGUCAAGGUUCAUGGGCGGAUCGUUCACCACUCCAUGAAGCUGCGUGUCAGGGUCGACUUCUGGCGCUUAAGACUCUUCUCGCACAGGGUUACAGUGCAAAUAUCAUCACCAUUGAUCAUGUGACUCCACUACACGAAGCUUGUCUGGGAGAUCACGUAGCAUGUGCCAGGGCUCUCAUAGAAGCUGGUGCCAAUGUGAAUGCUACGACCAUUGAUGGCGUGACCCCGCUGUUUAACGCCUGCUCAGCAGGAAGUGUCACCUGCACAGAGGUGCUUUUGGAACAUGGAGCAAAACCACAGGCAGAAGCGUGCCAGCCUUCACCAAUUCAUGAGGCCUCCAGCAAAGGCCGAACAGCAUGUAUAGAGUCUCUCAUCUCGUGGGGAGCAGAUGUAGAUUAUAACAUCCCUCAUCUAGGAACACCUCUCUACAUUGCCUGUGUCUCCCAGCAGCUCCAGUGUACACAGAAACUUCUGGAUGGAGGAGCAAAUGUGCAGAAGGGCCGUUUCCUGGACACACCGCUGCACGCUGCAACACAGAAGGACUGUCCAGAAAUCAUCAGAGUGCUACUAGACUUUGGCGCUAACAUCAACGCUCGCAACCUGGAGCUACAAAGGCCGGUAGAAACAGCGCCACCCAGCAGUGCGGCAGAGGCUGUGCUUCUUCUUUAUGAGGCCACGCCGCGGUCUCUCUGUCAGCUGUGUAGACUGAGUAUCCGAAACUACAUGGGCCGAUCCAGACUGCAUCUGAUUCCACACCUCAAACUGCCUACUCUGCUCAAGAGUUUCCUCCAGUACAGAUAAAUUAUCUACCUCCAACCAUAAAGCCCCUCCUGCUUUUUUAAGUGCAUUAAUACACAAAAAGGUCACCCAGUCUUGUUUGUGACCACCAGUCCACAAAAAGCAAAAUCAUGCUAGCCAUUAAUUUUACUUCUUCUAAGUUCAAAUGUUUUUUUAACUGAUAUAUUUUUGUGCAACCAAUGAACAUCAGUUAUAUUUUUGUAAAUAAUAUCUUAACAAGAGUAAUGUAAAUUAGUCAUUUUUAACCUGCACAUUCUUAUAUAUCAAGCUGCAUGCCUAAUAUGAUACACAUUUAUCACGUCAGGAUCAAAUUAUUGAAGUGCAUGUCAGUAUAGUGAAUUUUAUAUUUUUAUCAAAGUAAUCUAAAAAAAAAAAUCCCAAAAGCACAACUCUACAGCUUUCACAAAAUCUUUUUUUUUUUCAGUUUCCCAAGUUAACUGCAUCCUGAACUCUUUUGAAAAUAAAACAGAAAACCUAAUCUAAUACUGUACUUUGGCUAAACAUUUUGUUGCCAAAACAAAGCAUGAUACACACAGUAACUUGCAUAGAAAUAAAGAAUGAUAUGUAAAAUGUGAUGAUCUAAUUGGUCUCCCUUUUCUUUGUCAUGGCAGUUGGUACUGUAAAUGUAUUAUUAUUUCAAUCCUAACCAAUGAACUAAUUAUUUCAGUCAU